AACACUACCCUAUUACACCACAUAUUCCUCUCUCCUCCCGACACUCACUAGUCAGACUCCUGUCAAGCAAGACUGGAUACGAGUCUGCUGAACGGUUGAUAAUGUAUUACGACUUCGAAGACGAGUAGAUUGUAGUUAAGAGUGCGCAUUCUAAUCCCAAGGAAGUGCAGUUCGAGAGCGGAGGUGUUCACAUAUUAGAGAGUGAUAUCUGAGAACUAGACUGACUGCUGAUCUCUGUUUUGAACCAUGGAGAGACGGACCCGUUUGUAGCUCCCACUAAGAUAAGAUAGCGCCGAGCACGUGGUGUCCCAAUACCUAAGUUAUGUACAGGAAAGUACGCAGAAAAUCAAGAGGAGACUGCUUGCCUCAGUGGAACAUUUUCAGCAGUACCUGCGGGCGUCGCUGAGCCAUGAUGUAUCGGCUAAGAGCUGUGGUGUGUGCCCUGGCGGCCGUUACUGUCUUCACCUGCAUCGCCUCCGUCAAGUGGUUCCUCGUGACGGAUCAUCUCGUCGAGCAGAAAGUAUCGCGGACUUCGGCGCUGCCAGAAGACCCCAGAUGGUCCCGCGUGGCAGAGACGAUGGCUCGGCGAAGGGAGGAAGUGGAGUCUGCCUGCGAAGGAAGAGGGGGGAGGAGGGAGCUGGGGGGGGCGGGGGCGGGGGGCUCUGGGGGGGGUGAAGGCAGCAGUGACUCCCUCUCCGCCUCAUCGCCUCCCCUCGACCCCAGGAAGCUCAACAACCUCAUUGUGGACGACAAGAAUCGUAUUUUAUAUUGCUACGUGCCUAAGGUGGCGUGUACCAACUGGAAACGGGUAAUGCUCAUUCUCACAGGCAGAACGAACGAGACGUCGCCCUUGUCCAUUCGCUCAGACAGCGUGCACAGGACGAAUGUCUUCACUAAGCUUAGCCAGUUACAGCCCGACGCUAUUCAACAUCGCUUGCAGACCUACACUAAGUUCCUGUUUGUCCGACACCCGAUAGAGCGUGUCUUGUCAGCUUUUAGGAAUAAGUUCCAGAAAAAUUAUACCUCCUCAGCCUAUUUCAAAAAGCGCUUUGGCGUCAAAAUCAUAAAGAAAUACCGGCAGGGGAUUGACCCAGCUCAAGUCCCUGUCACGGGCGAUGGGGUCAAAUUCCCCGAGUUCGUGUCGUAUCUAAUUGACACGAAGCGUAGUCAGCUUAAUGAGCACUGGGCGACGGUGUCGGAUAUGUGCCAUCCCUGUGCGGUCAGGUACCAGAUCAUAGGGAAGUACGAAACGCUUGCCGAGGACUCCGAGUACAUCCUAAGAAAAGUAGGAGCGUCUCCGGAUCUUCACUUUCCUGAAAUAAUUCCAUCAAAGACGACGGCCAUUGUCGAGUCCUAUUUUGACAUGCUUUCGGACGAGCAGCAGCGUAACCUUAUUGAAAUAUAUCGGGACGAUUUUGAAUUGUUUGGCUAUCAUCAUAGGAACCUUAUUUAGAUCAUCUAUAUAUGUAUACAUGCUCUAAAGUAAUACAAUAUUAUGAGAAAUCUUAACAUGGCUUCAUAUAGUCAUUAUUUGAAUAAAGAUUCAUAUGUAAA